AUGAGCAAAAUCUUGAUUAAGCAAGGGCAAAAACUACAAGAAUGGAUCAGGUGGUAUGAAAGUGAUGAUGAUGAUGAUGAUGAAGUCAAGUUACAAAAUAGUGGGGUGUACACACCAAACAACUUGGAUAAGAGCUGUGAACGAAUGAUGCAGGAAGCUGAAAGCCAAAAGAAUUAUCAUCGAUCUAUCUACGUGACUGUGGCACCCUCUAGACUGAAGAUUCCUGAAGAGCAGUACCAUGAUGCAUGCAAAUUUGCAAGGCCUGUUUUCAGUGAGGACCUUCACUCCAGCCUGUACUUUGUCAAUGCAUCUCUGCAAGAGGUAGUGUUUGCGAGCACCACGGGGACCCUGGUGCCCUGCCCCGCUGCAGGCAUCCCUCCUGUGUCUCUCAGAUGGUACCUGGCGACGGGCGAGGAGAUCUACGAUGUUCCCGGGAUCCGCCACGUCCACCCCAACGGCACUCUCCAAAUUUUCCCCUUCCCUCCUUCAAGCUUUAGUACCUUAAUCCAUGAUAAUACUUAUUAUUGCACAGCUGAAAAUCCUUCAGGGAAAAUUAGAAGUCAGGAUGUCCACAUCAAGGCUGUUUUACGGGAGCCCUAUACAGUCCGUGUGGAGGACCAGAAAACCAUGAGAGGCAAUGUCGCGGUCUUCAAGUGCAUUAUCCCCUCCUCGGUGGAGGCGUACAUCACUGUCAUCUCAUGGGAGAAAGACACUGUUUCACUCAUCUCAGUGUCUGAGCUCCACCCAUGGAGGUUGCCAAAAAUGCCCAGGGAAGGAGAUCCUGAAGGCACUGGAGAUGACAAAAUGGUUAAAAACAUUGGGGAUCUUAAUAAAUAA